CCCGAGCUCACGUGCCCCUCUGAUACAACAUUAGCUCGCAGGCUAACAGCUAACAGGCUAACUUUCAGACAGAAAGAAAUUAAAAUAAAGUCGGAGUUAAAAAUGUCGGAAGUUAACGUGAAGAAGGAGGCGAGCCCGCCGGACCCCGCGGAGGUGGAGAACCGGAUCAAACUGCUGUGUCAGCAGUUUCCUCACGGCAUCACAGAUCAGGUGAUCCAGAACGACAUGCCUCACCUGGAGCCGCAGCAGAGAGCCAUGGCCAUCAACAAGCUGCUCUCAUUGGGUCAGCUGGACCUGCUGAGGAACAGCUCGGGGCUCUUGUACCGGAUGAAGGACGGGCAGAGCUCCAGUAAGAUGAAAGGUUCGGACAACCAGGAGAAGCUGGUUUAUCAGAUCAUCGAGGACGCUGGAAACAAAGGUACCGAACGGACCUGCGGCUCUGAGCUGAACCUGGUCCUGCCGCUCC